UUUCUCUUCAAAACAAGAAACAAAUAAUCAAAACAAAUGUAAUUCUAUUUCGUCUUAUUAAAUAAAAUAUAUUAAUUUAAUUAUUCAAUAACAAAAACAAUGGAAAUAACAUUUGCUUUAAUAAAACCACAUGCUGUGAAAAAUAUUGUUGCUCUAAAAUACGUCACUGACAUAAUAAAACACAAUUUUUCUGUGUUGCAAACUAAAGAAGUUGUCAUUACGAAACAACUUGCCAGUAGAUUCUAUGAGGAACAUCAAGGCAAAUUCUUUUAUAAUCGUUUGGUGACAUUCAUGGGAAGUGGCCCAUCGAUUGCAUUUGUUUUAGCUUCAAAAGGUAGCAUUGCCAAGUGGAGAACUAUGUUAGGCCCUACCAAAGUCCACAGAGCUGUCUUCUCUAGUCCCGAUUCUAUUCGAUCUCUCUAUGGAUUGUCUGAUACUAGAAAUGCAUGUCAUGGAUCGGAUAGUCUGGAAUCGGCUUCACGUGAAAUUUCAAUUAUAUUUCCCGAUUUCGAUUAUGACAAGGAACUACUAAAGCAAAUGGAAGCUAUUUGAUAUUUGUCUAUAAUAAAAAAUUAACUGUAGGAUAAAACUUCCAAUCUUAGCCAUGUCUUACAAUCAAAGUUACUGUUAAUUCAGAAAGAGGAUACUCUUAACGUUUAAAGAACUGAGUAAAUGUUUAAAUAAAAGAAUUAAGAAAAUUGUUAUUUUGCACCAAUUGAUUUGAGUCAAUGUGAAACCAAAGAAAAUAAAGUUGUUAUAAUUUCUAAGAAA